AUGUCCUUAUCUCAGGAGAAUAAUAAAAAUAUUCGUAACAAAUCAGUGAAACGUAAACAUUCAGAAUUAACUAUUGAGAAAAAACUGUGUUGUAUUCGUCGCCUUGAGAGCGGUGAAGACAUAAAUUCACUCACGACUGAAUUCAACGUUGAUCGAUCUACCAUAUGGAGAUGGAGGAGAAAAAAAUCAUCUCUUGAAGAUUUUCAGAAAACCAACAAUCGUCCUCGUAAGCGAAUUCGCGGUCCUAAUAAUCCAGUGUUGGAUGAAGCCGUCUGGAUUUGGUUUACCCAUUCUCGUCUCCAAGGCAUACCGAUCACAGGGCCUUUUGUUAAGGAAAAAGCCAAACAACUCAAUAUAAAAUUGCAGGGGAGUAAACAAUUUGUGGCCAGUGAGGGGUGGUUGAAUAACUGGAAGGAAAGACGCGAAAUCAAGUCGUUUGGGAUUGCAGGAGAAAAACUCUCAGCAGAUGUUGAGGGUGCCCUAGAUUUUAAGAUCAAAUUAGCAAGAAUAUUGGAAGAAGAAAAGUAUGGACCCAGUCAAAUAUUCAAUGCCGACGAAACUGGUCUCAAUUUCAAAAUGUUGCCGGGUAAAACGCUUGCAGUCUCACAGAAAAUGAUAUCGAAGAAUGGAUUAAUAACGCUGACAAAGAAAAACCUAAGAACUUAUCCGACGAGGAAAUUGUUGAUAUGGUGA